AUGAUACAUUCAUUCCUUUUUCUAAUAAAUCAAGUUAUCAUCAUUAAUACUAUGUCUACUGUAGUAACAGUUAAAACAGUACUUUGUUUAAUUCGACCUGAAAAUGUUUGGGAACAAAUUCAAUCAAUUCGAUCAAUAUAUGAUAAAGCUUAUCCACGUUGGACACCAUAUAUUAAUUUAAUUUAUCUAUUUGUACCUGAAUCAGAAUUUUCCAAUAUAAAAAUUCAAUUAUAG